AUGGCUAGUUUAAUUGUGCUAAACUUUAUAGUCAUAUUAGCAGUACUAGUCACCCGAAGCGAGUUUUCCAAUACUCAUGAUGCUGCAGUAAAUCAACUCUUGAAAAAACUCAAUAAACCUUAUGUUAAAUCUAUCAAGAGUCCAGAUGGAGAUAUAAUAGACUGUGUUCAUAUGAAAAACCAUCCAAUUUAUGAUCAUCCUUUAUUCAAAAACCACACAAUUCAGAUGAGACCAAAUUUUUACCCAGAAGGAUGGACAACUAAAUAUUCAAAUAACAAAAAACAAAAUAUGGUUGCUCAACUUUGGACAAUCAAUGGAAUAUGUCCAAAAAAUAGUAUUCCAAUUAGAAGAACAAGAAAAGAAGAUAUUUUACGAGCAAAAUCAAUUGAAGAAUAUGGAAAAAAAGAUCCCAACGAUAUUCGUCAGCAUAAACCAAUCAAUCAACAUAGAAGAGGAAACGGAACACAUGAGUAUGCUACACUUAAUGUGGUAGCAAAUUCUCCUCGAGCUAAAUUUCAUGGAACCCAAUCGUAUCUAAACGUGUGGAGGCCUUAUGUACAAGAGGACCACGAAUUUAGCCUAGCACAAGUAUGGAUUGUAGCUGGAAGUUAUAGUUCUCAACUUAACACCAUUGAAGCUGGUUGGCAGGUGUCCUAUGGAAUUUAUGGUGAUAAUCAACCACGAUACUUUACCUACUGGACGGCCGAUAGUUACAUGAGAACAGGUUGUUAUAAUAAUAUAGGUUGCCCUGGCUUUGUUAGUAUCAACCAAGAAUUUGCUCUAGGUUCACCCAUUUCUCAAGUUUCCGUCUUUGAAGGUCUACAAAUCAAUCUUCUAGAUCCUAGAACAGGAAAUUGGUGGUUGAAAUUUGGUCCUCAUUUUUAUGUUGGGUAUUGGCCUUCCGCAUUGUUCAACCAUUUACAAAAUGGUGGAACUGAAGUUCAUUGGGGAGGCGAAAUCGUAAAUUUAAAGAAUCAUUCACGGCACACAACAACAGCUAUGGGAAGUGGGUUAUUUGCAGAAAAUGGAUUUCAAAAGGCUAGUUAUUUUAGAAAUAUUGAAAUACUUGAUGAAAAUAAUAUUAGGAGAGAACCUGUAGGUGUUUCUUCUAUUGUGACGAAUGAUCGUUGUUAUAGCCUUAGUUAUGGCAAUAGCUCUGGUCACCCUAUAUGGAAAACUCAUUUCUUUUAUGGUGGUCCUGGUGGAAAUAAUCAUUUGUGUACUUGAGAUGUAAGCAUGUUGUGUGAAUCUAUUUCUCACCAUUAUAACAUA